GGCUCUCCAGGCGGCCCGAUGCUCGCACCAUGUCGAGGCGCAAGCAGGCGAAACCCCAGCACAUCAACUCCGAGGAGGACCAGGGCGAGCAGCAGCCGCAGCAGCCGGCCCCGGAGUUUGCAGAUGCGGCCCCAGCGGCGCCGGCGGCGGGGGAGCCGGGUGCUCCCAUGAACCCCCCGGGGAGUGGCAGUGAAGCCAGCAGGGAUGGCCUGACCGUGAAGAGGACCCGUCGGGAGGAGACUCACAUCUGCGAGAAAUGCUGCGCGGAGUUCUUCAGCUUCUCCGAGUUCUUCGAACACAAGAAAAAUUGCACUAAGAACCCCCCCGUCCUCAUCAUGAACGACAGCGAGGGGCCGGUGCCUUCCGACGACUUCUCCGGGGCUGGGCUGAGCCCGGGCAGCAAGGAGGGGCCCAGGGAGGACGGCGGAGUCGGCGGUGGCUCGGGGGAGGCGAAGGAGAAGCUGGGCGCCGAGCCUGUCGUGUACCUGAAGACCGAGACCGCCCUGCCGGCCGCGUCCCAGGACAUAAGCUACGUACCCAAAGGCAAAGUGGCCAACACGAACGUCACUCUGCAGGCGCUGCGGGGCACCAAGGUGGCAGUGAACCAGCGGAGCGCGGACGCGCCACCCGCCCCUCUGCCCGGCGCCAGCAGCAUCCCGUGGGUCCUGGAGCAGAUCCUGUGCCUCCAGCAGCAGCAGCUGCAGCAGAUCCAGCUCACGGAGCAGAUCCGCGUGCAGGUGAACACGUGGGCCUCGCACGCCCUCCACUCCGGCGCCGCUGGGGCCGACGCCCUCAAGACCUUGGGCAGCCACAUGUCCCAGCAGGUGUCGGCGGCCGUGGCGUUGCUCAGCCAGAAAGCCGGAAGCCAGGGCCUGUCCCUGGACGCCCUGAAGCCAGCCAAGCUACCUCACGCAAACGUCCCUUCCGCCGGCACCGGCUCCGCGUCCCCGGGGCUGGCGCCCUUCACCCUGAAGCCCGAUGGGACGCGGGUGCUACCAGGCGUCAUGUCGCGUCUCCCCGGCGCUUUGCUACCUCAGGCCCCAGGCUCUGUGCUCUUCCAGAGCCCUUUCUCCACGGUGGCCUUAGACCCGUCCAAGAAAGGGAAAGGGAAGCCACCGAACGUGUCCCCCGUGGAGGUCAAACCCAAAGACGAGGCCGUCCUCUGCAAGCACAAGUGUAAGUACUGUAGCAAGGUUUUUGGGACUGAUAGCUCCUUGCAGAUCCACCUCCGCUCCCAUACCGGAGAGAGACCCUUCGUGUGCUCGGUCUGUGGCCACCGGUUCACCACCAAGGGCAACCUCAAGGUGCACUUUCAUCGACAUCCCCAGGUGAAGGCGAACCCCCAGCUCUUUGCUGAGUUCCACGACAAAAUGGCGGCAGGCAAUGGCAUUCCCUAUGCACUCUCUGUACCUGUCCCCGUAGAGGAGGCGAGUCUCUCUUUAGACAGCAAACCUGUCCUUGUAACAGGGACCCCCAACAUAGGGCUACCUCAGAAUCUCUCAUCAGGGACUAACCCCAAGGACCUCAUGGGCGGCCCCCUGCCCCACGACCUACAGCCCGGGCCUUCUCCAGACAGUGAGGAUGGAUCCCUACUACCUGGGGUGGGGCCACACCACAGUUCCCCAAGGGUUGGUGGCUUCCAAGGGAGCGGGACACCCGAGCCGGGGUCCGAAACCCUGAAAUUGCAGCAGCUGGUGGAGAACAUUGACAAGGCCACCACCGACCCCAACGAGUGUCUCAUCUGCCACCGGGUCUUGAGCUGCCAGAGCUCCCUCAAGAUGCAUUACCGCACGCACACCGGGGAGAGGCCUUUUCAGUGUAAGAUCUGCGGUCGGGCCUUCUCCACCAAGGGCAACCUGAAGACGCACCUCGGGGUCCACCGAACCAGCGCGUCCGUGAAGACGCAGCACUCGUGCCCCAUCUGCCAGAAGAAGUUCACCAACGCGGUCCUGCUGCAGCAGCACAUCCGGAUGCACAUGGGCGGCCAGAUUCCCAACACGCCCCUGCCCGAGAGCCCCUGUGACUUCACGGGGCCCGAGCCCAUGAUGGUCAGCGAAAAUGGCGGCGCGGGUGCCGUCUGUCAGGACGACAUUCUGGAAAGCAUAGCUGUGGACGAGGUCGGCCCCCAGGAUGCCCCCGGGAGCUCCUUGAAGGUCCCCGUCCCUCUUCCCAGCGUCCACUCGGUGUCACCCACGCUUGGGUUUGCUGUGACGGCUUCCCUCGAUGCCCCGGGGAAGGUGGGUCCUGCUCCUCUCAUCCUGCAGCGGCAGAGCAGCAGAGAGAACGGCUCGGUGGAGAGUGAUGGCCUGACCAACGACUCGUCGUCCUCCGUGAUGGGAGACCAGGAGUACCAGAGCCGAAGUCCAGAUGUCCUGGAGACGGCGUCCUUCCAGGCGCUGUCCCCAGCCAAUAGCCAGGCAGAAAGCCUCAAGUCCAGAUCUCCUGAUGCUGGUGGCAAGGCAGACGGCUCCGAGAACAGCCGCACUGAGAUGGAAGGUCGUAGCAGUCUGCCAUCGACGUUUAUCCGAGCCCAGCCAACCUAUGUCAAAGUUGAAGUCCCUGGCGCCUUUGGUGGACCCACGACCAUGUCCCCAGGCAUGACGCCUUUGUUAGCGGCCCAGCCACGCCGACAGGCCAAGCAGCACGGCUGCACGCGCUGUGGGAAGAACUUCUCCUCAGCGAGCGCCCUGCAGAUCCACGAGCGGACUCACACGGGGGAGAAGCCUUUCGUGUGUAACAUAUGUGGGCGAGCGUUCACCACCAAAGGCAACCUGAAGGUCCAUUACAUGACGCACGGGGCCAACAACAGCUCGGCGCGCCGUGGGAGGAAGCUGGCCAUCGAGAACACCAUGGCUCUGUUAGGAACUGAUGGGAAGAGAGUCCCUGAGAUGUUUCCCAAAGAAAUCCUGGCGCCUUCGGUGAACGUGGACCCCGUUGUGUGGAACCAGUACACCACCAUGCUCAAUGGAGGUCUGGCCAUGAAGACCAAUGAAAUCUCUGUGAUCCAGAGCGGAGGGAUUCCUACUCUCCCGGUUUCCCUGGGGGCCAGCUCCAUGGUGAACAACACCACGAUCUCCAAGAUGGAUGGCUCCCAGUCAGCCAUCAGUGCCGAAGUGGAAAAACCAGGUGCUGCUGAUGGCGUCCCCAAACACCAGUUCCCUCACUUCCUCGAAGAAAACAAGAUCGCAGUCAGCUAAGCUCUAGGAGAGGAAUGCUGAUUGAAGGAGUAACGCAGGCAGAAUGACCUCUGGAACUGUACUUCUCCCUUUUUUCAAAGAACCCAUCUCCUCCUGUUUGUUUCUUACUGAUGUGCAAAUAAUGUUUACAGUUGUGAUCACAACCUCAGGCAAGUCCUACAAUCAGAUGUCAGUAUGCUGCUUUGCAAAAAAAAAAAAAAAAAGAA